GUAACGAUCCUAAAACAGAUCGGACGAGACGCGUGCGGCUAAAACCCAGCCCUCUACACCUGAAGCAUUCGCUUAAAUACAGCUGGCUGGAGAUUUGCCUGUGGAUCGUCCUAACGAAGAGAAUAAGGGGUGACGUCACGGUUUCCAGCAGCGACAGAUAUCUCGGCUGAGCCAAUAGGGAGCCGUCCUCCUUGACGUGGGUCACGUGUUCCACCGCGACGUUCAGCGGUGGGCGGGGCCUCGCUGCAGAUUGAAGGAGGAGGUUGGUGGUGGACAGGCUGCCUGAUUGCGGCUCACGGAGACUUGGGCGAACGCCGCUUUGAUUUGUAUGGAGUGUGUUCUGCGAGGCUCCUGUCAGCAUGAACGAAUGAGCUUAUGCAACAAGCUGGGGGGAAAUGGCUUUUGAAUUGUCCCAGUCCUGCCACGUACAGUCAGUCCUCCUCCUCCUCCUCCUUUCCUAAAGGACGUCAGCUGUUUAUGGGAACUACUGGCAUCGGUCUCCUGAGGAUUUAGCUCUCCUUUCGGGACUCCUUUUUUUCUACCCCCUCCACAGCGACAUGGCUAACAACUCGUACAGCGGUGUGAAAAACUCCGUAGCGGAGCCCAAUCACGAUGCAGAAUUCGGGUGCUCGCUUAAAGAGCUGCGCUCGCUCAUGGAAUUGCGGGGGGCCGAGGGAUUACACAAAAUCCAGGAUACUUACGGGGACGUUAACGGACUCUGCAGCAGACUGAAAACUUCACCUAUAGAUGGUUUAAGCGGGAACCCUGCCGACAUCGAAAGCAGAAAAUUAGCAUUUGGACAGAACUUUAUACCUCCGAAAAAGCCAAAAACCUUUCUUCAAUUAGUAUGGGAAGCAUUACAAGACGUAACGUUGAUUAUUCUAGAAGUUGCAGCCAUAAUUUCAUUAGGCCUUUCUUUUUAUAGACCUCCAGAAUCAAGUGAUAAUAACUGUGGGGAAGUAACAGGAGGCGUGGAAGACGAGGGCGAGUCAGAAGCAGGAUGGAUCGAGGGAGCAGCUAUCCUCCUUUCUGUUAUCUGUGUGGUGCUUGUGACUGCCUUUAACGAUUGGAGUAAAGAGAAGCAGUUCCGUGGCCUACAGAGCCGCAUUGAACAAGAGCAGAAGUUUACAGUGGUGCGCUCCGGGCAAGUCAUUCAGAUCCCUGUGGCUGAGAUCGUAGUCGGGGAUAUUGCACAAAUCAAAUACGGUGACCUCUUACCUGCCGAUGGCGUUCUCAUCCAAGGGAACGAUCUUAAAAUCGAUGAGAGCUCUCUGACGGGUGAAUCGGACCAUGUGAAGAAACUGCUGGAUAAAGAUCCUAUGCUGUUAUCAGGUACCCAUGUCAUGGAGGGCUCUGGAAAAAUGGUCGUCACUGCCAUCGGUGUCAACUCCCAGACCGGAAUCAUCUUCACAUUACUGGGGGCAGGAGAGGACGACGACGACGACGAGAAGGAGGAGAAGAAAAAAGAGAAGGAGAGGAAGAAGGAGAAGAAAAACAAAAAGCAAGAUGGCUCGGUGGACAACAGAAAGAAAGCUAAAGCCCAAGACGGAGCUGCAAUGGAAAUGCAGCCCCUGAACAGUGACGAAGGGGCCGAUGCAGACGAGAAACGCAAAGCCAACUUGCCCAAAAAAGAGAAAUCAGUCCUCCAAGGGAAGCUGACUAAACUAGCAGUCCAAAUCGGCAAAGCAGGUCUGGUGAUGUCUGCCAUCACCGUCAUAAUCCUGGUGGUGUUGUUUAUAGUGAAUACCUUUUGGGUGCAAGGCCUUCCGUGGGAGAAAAGCUGCACACCCAUAUACAUCCAGUAUUUUGUCAAGUUCUUCAUCAUAGGCGUGACCGUCCUGGUGGUGGCUGUCCCAGAGGGUCUGCCUCUCGCCGUCACUAUUUCACUGGCUUACUCUGUCAAAAAAAUGAUGAAGGACAACAAUUUGGUAAGGCAUUUAGAUGCCUGCGAGACCAUGGGCAAUGCUACUGCCAUCUGUUCAGAUAAGACAGGCACUCUGACCAUGAACAGGAUGACCGUGGUGCAGGCUUACAUCGCAGAGCAGCACUACAGGAAGGUCCCUGAGCCGGAAGUAAUUCCUGCCAGCACCAUGGACCUGCUCGUCCUGGGCAUCAGCAUCAACAGCGCUUAUACCACCAAGAUCAUGCCUCCUGAAAAAGAGGGAGGUUUAUGUCGUCAGGUGGGCAACAAAACCGAAUGUGCCUUGCUCGGCUUUGUGUUGGACCUCAAAAAAGACUACCAGGCAAUCCGAAACGAGAUCCCAGAGGAGAAGCUCUAUAAAGUUUACACUUUCAACUCUGUCAGGAAAUCCAUGAGCACCGUGCUGAAGAACGCUGACGGAAGCUUCCGUAUGUUCAGCAAAGGAGCGUCGGAAAUUUUACUCAAGAAAUGUUAUAAGAUCCUUACAGCCAGUGGCGAGACCAAAGUGUUCCGUCCCAGAGACAGAGAUGACAUGGUGAAAAAAGUGAUCGAGCCCAUGGCCUCUGAAGGCCUGAGGACGAUAUGCCUGGCCUACAGAGACUUCCCCGCCUCAGAAGGAGAACCGGACUGGGAAAACGAGGCCGAUAUACUCACCAGACUCACCUGCGUGUGUGUGGUGGGCAUCGAGGACCCCGUCAGACCAGAAGUCCCUGAUGCUAUUAAAAAGUGCCAGCGUGCCGGGAUCACCGUACGCAUGGUCACCGGCGACAACAUCAACACAGCACGUGCCAUAGCAACCAAAUGCGGCAUCCUGCAGCCCGGAGAUGAUUUCCUCUGUCUGGAAGGUAAAGAAUUCAACAGGAGGAUACGCAAUGAGAAAGGAGAGAUAGAACAGGAGCGGAUUGAUAAAAUAUGGCCUAAACUUCGAGUCCUGGCGAGAUCUUCUCCAACAGACAAGCACACAUUAGUUAAAGGUAUCAUCGAUAGCACGGUUAUAGAACAGAGACAAGUAGUAGCAGUAACAGGAGACGGUACGAACGAUGGCCCUGCUUUGAAAAAGGCUGAUGUUGGAUUUGCUAUGGGCAUUGCUGGGACAGAUGUAGCUAAAGAGGCUUCUGAUAUCAUCCUCACUGAUGACAAUUUUUCCAGCAUUGUUAAAGCGGUCAUGUGGGGCCGCAACGUCUACGACAGCAUCUCCAAAUUUCUGCAGUUUCAGCUCACCGUCAACGUAGUGGCCGUGAUCGUGGCCUUCACUGGAGCUUGCAUCACACAGGAUUCUCCACUGAAAGCCGUACAGAUGUUGUGGGUAAACCUGAUUAUGGACACCUUUGCCUCACUUGCUCUGGCCACCGAGCCUCCCACGGAGUCUCUGCUGCUGAGGAAGCCCUACGGCCGUAAUAAACCCCUCAUCUCCAGAACCAUGAUGAAGAACAUCCUGGGCCAUGCUGUUUACCAGCUUGUAGUUAUUUUCACUCUGUUGUUUGCAGGUGAAAAGCUGUUCGAUAUAGACAGCGGACGCAACGCCCCUCUCCACGCGCCGCCCUCAGAACACUACACCAUCGUCUUCAACACCUUCGUGUUAAUGCAGCUCUUCAAUGAAAUUAAUGCUCGCAAAAUCCACGGUGAGCGGAACGUCUUUGAGGGGAUCUUCAAUAACCUCAUCUUCUGCUCUAUCGUCUUCGGCACGUUCGUCAUCCAGAUCAUCAUCGUACAGUUCGGAGGCAAGCCCUUCAGCUGUGUGGGUCUUACCAUUGACCAGUGGCUCUGGUGCGUUUUCUUAGGCUGUGGCUCUCUGCUCUGGGGUCAGAUGAUCUCCACCAUCCCGACCAGUCGCCUGAAGUUCCUGAAGACGGCCGGUCACGGAACGCAGAAGGAGGAGAUCCCAGACGAGGAGCUGGAGGAACUGGAGGACCUGGACGAGAUUGAUCACGCCGAGCGCGAGCUCCGCAGGGGACAAAUCCUCUGGUUCCGAGGCCUCAACAGGAUACAAACUCAGAUGGAUGUAGUGAGUGCGUUCCAGAGCGGCACUUCCUUUCAGGGGGCCCUCAGGCGUCACCCCUCGAGCUCCAGCCAACAGCACGAUAUCCGAGUAGUGAAUGCAUUCCGCAGCUCCCUGUCACCUUAUGAGGGGCUGGAGAAGCCCGAGUCGCGCAGCUCAAUCCACAACUUCAUGACCCACCCAGAGUUCCGGAUAGAGGACUCGGAGCCCCACAUCCCCCUCAUAGACGACACGGACGCCGAGGACGACGCCCCCACCAAGAGAAACGCCACCCCCACGCCCCCUCCUCCUCCCUCUCCAUCGCCAAACCAGAACAAUAACGCGGUGGACAGCGGCGCCCACCUCUUCUUAGACAGCAGCAAGCCAGCCACGCCCUCGGCCCCGGCGAGCCCCAUGCACAGCGUGGAGACGUCCCUCUGAUCGGCUCCGCCCUCUUUCCUCCCUCCCUCCCUCCCUCCACACCCACCCGCCGUCUCUACAGAGACCUGCGCUCGCUCGGCAGACUCACAGGCGAAACGGCCGUGUGUUAUCUGUGAGCUCGACUCGAGCUUGACUGAAACGAGAGCCAGCGUUCACCAGAAUGUAGGGUGUGGUUGUGAUGAUUUAUUACCAUUUCUUCUUCUUUUUUUUUUCUUUUGUUGAUGUCUUAUGUUGUGCUCAGCAUCCUCUCGGAGAGGGAAGGACUCCACAUGUUUCCACCUCUGCGUAUAAAAUAUUCGUCCCCUUUGUGAUAAACUGAGGGAUUGUUAAUUAAGAUUGAAAGUGACCUGUUUUUUUGUUUUUUUUACCGUUGUUCUAUUAUUAUAAUUAUUAUAACUAUUUAAUUAUUAAUUCUCAAAUACAGCAGAGACGAUCUGUCUCUCCAUGACUUGCAGAUGAUUAGCUGUAAGAUUUUUAUUUUUCCUAAAUCGUGGUGUACAUUUCUUUCUUCGGCCCUAGAUCACACCCAGGUUAAUUUCUGCUCCGUUUUGGCUGUUCAUAUUUCUUAAUAUUUAUGUUUUUGUUUUUUGUUUUUUUUCUUGAAAAAGGCAGGUCUGUUUACAUAGUUUGUAGAUACUUUUUUUUCUCUCUUUCUCUUUGUUGGUGAAGGAGCUUCCUGAUGCAGAAAACUGGGGACAAAUUGAAAAAAGAAAUGACAAAAAGAGAGUAAUAUUUCAGAUACUGCUGUAUUUUCAGGAAAAAAAGGGUGUUUCUAUGGAAACCAAACUAUUUUUGCCUGCAAGUUUUAUUUGUUAUAUAUUUGUGGAUAUAUUAUAGAAAUCUUCUAGCCAAAAUAGAUAACACUAAGGCUUGUAUAGCAGCGAAGAGGAGCGUUGAGGUCCGGAAAGCUAGCGCGACCGAGGACAAAAAGGGCGCGCAGGCCAGCCGGUACCUCCUCCUCCGUCAGUACAUUUCCUUAGGCAUUUACUACUGCGUUUCUUCAGUUUUAAAGCUAGUUUAUCAACGCUUUACAAGGGACUGCGUCGCGUUUCCAGUUCAUCACGAUCACUCAAGAGUCGCCGUCAUGGUUUUAGAGACUCUAGGUUUUAGAUUACAUCAGCUCGAAUUGGGAAUAGAAUUUAUUGCUAAGACCAAGAGAGAGUGACUAUUCAUCAGAGUUAUUGUCCAGAUUGUAAUUAUUAUUAUUAUUAUUUAAUUUUUUUGUAAGUCCACUGGUGACAUUUUUGUCCCUGAGAUUUGGUGUAAUAUCACAGAUCUCAGGCUUAGAGGGGAAAAUAAUGAACUAAUAACCAUAAAGGAUACAACGAACGCAAAACACUCAUCAUUAUAAGUGAAGAAUCUUUUUUGUUUGUUUGUUUUGAAGUAAAUGAUUUGUUUCACAAUUAACAUUUUAAAUCCUCAUCUAAUUUUUUUUUCCACUUACGGGGGGGAAAAAACUACAACUACAACAACAUCAACAGCAGAUUGUAUUCUUUCUUCAUCUUAUUCCAGAAAUAUUCUCAUCAUUCAGAAAUAUUGCUGCGUGUGACUUGGCUGUGGAGUGUCAGGAUCUGUCACCUGAAAUACUGGAACGUAAAGGAAAAAAAGGAUUUUUAAGGGAAAAAGAAAAAAACACUUGGACAUAACGGGGUCUCUGCACAGGGUACACUUACCUAUUUCUCAACUCCCUUUGGAAAUUUUGAUACCUAACAUACGAAUAAAGAUUUCCUCUGUAUUUUUAUGGGACAUAAACAUCUUUUGACCUGCUGAAGCAGACCUUGAGGAAUUUUACACAGUAAUACACAGUGCAGCAGCAGCUUUUCAGACAAAGGCUAAUGAAUCCGGUUCUGCUAGGAAUCUUAUAUUUCUCAGGGUGGCGCUAAUAGUACGAACCAGGCUUUAAGAAAAACACCUACAGUCAAAUACUAACACUUUUUUAUGUUCUAGAUGAUUAGAUUUUUUUUUUUGUUUUUUUUUGGCUGUUGGUUUUCUCCUGUAAGGGAAGAAGGAUGGAGAAAAUCCAAAGAAGGAAAAGGAUGUGCUCUUUAAGUCAGCGCAUCCACAUUUCUUCUUUUUUUUUUUUUCUAAUUUAUUAUUAUUAAUUUGUUCCUUGUGUUUAACAAAUAAAUAAAAGCAGCUUGAGUUUGCAAUUUAGUGAAGAGAUGUGGAAAGAAAAGAAUCCAUGAGUUUAUUCUGUAGCUUCUUCCUGUAACAGGGAUGAAUGUUUUUUCCAUCUGUUUUAUGGAGUUUAUUAUUAUUAUUAUUAUUAUUAUUAUUAUUAUAUAUUUUUUUUUAUUUAACAUUUGGAAAUAAAAGUAAUUCAUGUCUGUUUAUCUGGAGAAAUGUAAAUGGUUAUUGUGAUUUCAAUUUACAUUUGAAACUUGUUGAGUAACGUGUAUGGUUUUUAAGAAUUAAAAGCGACAAGUGAAUAUUUAGUCCUAA